AUGUUCCCCCAGGAUAGGCAUAUUGGGUUGAGUUACUUUCGGGUUGUCAGUCUGCUUGACCCAAUUGAGUUAGAGGCGAUUGAUUCUUAUUCCUCGAUUACUCCUACUGUUGCGAUUUCUAUUCUCCGGCCGGUGAACUUCUUUGCUACUGCAACUGAUCUGCCGCCAUUAGUUCCGCCUGCUGAGAAGCUAUUCAUAGGAGGGGAUUUCAAUGGUCAUAUUGGGUCGACCACAGGUGGUUAUGGCAAAGUGCACGAAGGCUUCGGUUUUGGGGAAAGGAACGGAGGAGGUACCUCGUUGUUGGACUUCGCUAAGGCUUUUGGGUUGGUGAUUGUGAGCUCUAGCUUUCCGAAAAAGGAGGAACAUUUGGUUACUUUUCAAAAUGCGGCGGCAAAGACUCAAAUGGACUAUCUCCUCCUCAGGAGGGGUGACAAAGGGUUGUGCAAGGAUUGCAAGGUGAUCCCGAGUGAGAUACUCGCGAUGCAGCAUAAGCUUUUGGUGAUGGACGUUGGUAUUAUAUUAAGGAGGAGGAAAAGGUCUGCUCGAGGAAGACCGAGAAUCAGGUGGGGAGCCUUAACUAAGGAUAAAGCCCAAGAGUUGGAGGGGCGAUUGUCGGCUAUGGGAGCUUGGAGAAGCAGUGGUGACGAGCACUAUGUGGUCAGCGGCAGCAGACUGUAUAAGGGAGGCUGA